AAGUGCCGCGCUGGUCGCGCUGCCGGGCGGUCGCCCGCCCAGCCGCCAGCCAGAACCGAGAGAGCGAUGGUGCCGGCUGAAAGGAAAUCUGCUUUUUCUGAUGAAAAAUAAGGGUUCUGAAGCCUCCGAAGUGGUAAUCCUGGAACGAUGCUGGGUUGUGGAGUUCAGGAGUAAAGCAGAUGUUUCAAUAGUUCUCAAGUUUCAGAGCGGAGAACCGGAUCUCUACCUUGAAGCGGUGUCAAAGCCAGACUGUGAAUCUUGGGCUGUGGCGCUGGGGGAGGCCAACUCAGAAGGUUUGCGGAAUAAAAUUCAGCAGCUCCGAAGGCUGAUCAUGGAAAUCAAAGAGGAGAGAGCAUCAGAUGAAGCACGCCAGUUUCUUCCUUCAUCCCAAGCAGACAGUCUUGGAGAGCCGCAGUUUACGAGUAUUCAAAGAACUGCAAAUGAGCCAAAGCUGGAGUUCAGUCUUGCAUGCAAGGAUCUGGUGGCUGCUACCCGUGAUCGGAAGCUGAAUACCUUCAUACAAGUCUCGGUGGUACACCCGGCAGAGCACAUCUUGACGAGGUAUUCGAGCACUGAAAUCGUGGAGGGUACAAGAGAUCCACUGUUCCUGACUGGUGUGACAUUCCCACCGGACUAUCCCAUCUAUGAAGAGACUAAAAUAAAACUAACAGUCUAUGAUGUCAAAGAUAAAUCUCAAGACACAGUCCGCACCAGUGUUCUACCUGAUCACAAGGAGCCAAGAGCAGAUGUUGGAAGAAGCUUCCUGGGUUGUACAACUUUUAGAGUAGGAGACUUGGUAAAGUCAAAGGAGCAGCAGCUGACCCUCACCCUCAGGACUUCUGAUGGUGGAAAGACAGUUGGUACCAUUGAAGUCAAUCUUGUGAAGAUGGGAGAGCUAGAGGAUAGGGAGACAGAUCACAUCACAACAGACUCCCAGGAUCAAAAGUGUGCAUUGGUUCGUGAAUGUACAGCCACUGAAGGCAUAAGUGGUAAAGACAGCUUGCCUUCCUUAAAUGCAGUGUUAAAAAACCCCAUCUGUAAGUUAUAUAGAUUUCCUACUUCUGACAACAAGUGGAUGAGGAUCCGGGAACAGAUGGCUGAGACAACCCUUUCUUUCCAUGUUCCUAAGGAACUGAUCAAUCUGCACAUAAAGGAGGACAUGAGAAGGAAUCAAGAACUUAAAGACUUGGGAGAACUUGCUCCUCACUGGGACAACAUGCGCAAAAGCGUCAUUGCUCACUGUGAUCAGAUGUUGAGCAUGUACCAGGACACCCUUGCAGAGCUUGGGAAGCAUACAGGUUCUUCCUUCAAAUCAAGCUGUAGCAAAGGAGAAAAAACAUUGGAGUUCAUCCCAAUAAAUCUUCAUCUGCAAAGAAUGCACGUGCAUAGUCCUCGAUUGAAAGAUGCUCUGUAUGACGUUAUCACUGUGGGAGCCCCAGCAGCACAUUUCCAAGGAUUUAAGAACGGUGGUCUCCGGAAAUUGCUGAGUAAAUUUGAGGCAGAAAGACGAAAUACUGGGUACCAGUGUAUUUACUAUUCACCUGAAAACACAGCCAAAGCAAAAGAAGUUCUCAGCAACAUCAAUCAUCUACAACCACUCAUAUCAAGCCAUGCAGACCUGCUGCUUAAUUCUGCAAGCCAGCAUUCUCCAGACAGCUUGAAGAAUUCUUUAAAGAUGCUUUCAGAAAAGACAGAGUUAUUUGUGCAUGCCUUCAAGGAUCAGCUGGUCAGAAGUGCCCUUUUAGCACUAUACACAGCCAGACCUGGCUGUGUCCUCAAGAAACCAGCUGUGCCUAGAAGCAGUGCAGAAGAGGGGGGUGAUUUACAGCAUCAGGAUCAUCCUUCUCAGGUUAAAAGGCAGGACUCUAUACCCCAUCAUUCUGAGUAUGAUGAGGAAGAGUGGGACAGAGUGUGGGCCAAUGUGGGGAAGAGUUUAAACUGUGUUAUUGCCAUGGUGGACAGACUGCUUGAAAAAGACAACAUCAGCAAUGUUAAAGAGGGUGAGAAGGACCCUCCUGCAGCAGACUGCAAGGUGUUGCCUACAGGUGGUGACUGGUAUGAGCAGCUUUAUCCCCUGGUGAUUACACUGAAGGACUGCAUGGGAGAGGUGGUGACCAGGGCGAAGCAAUCGAUGGCUUUUGUUCUGCUCCAGGAACUUGCCUGUGGUUUGCCACAAUGUUUGAUGCUGACCCUAAGAAGAGACAUCGUCUUUAGUCAAGCACUUGCUGGGCUGGUCUGUGGCUUUAUAAUCAAACUGCACACGGGCUUACGUGAUCAAGGAUUUCUACAACAGCUUCAUACUGUUGGAUUGCUUGUGCAAUAUGAAGGACUCCUUAGUACAUACAGUGAAGAAGCAGGGAUGCUGGAAGACAUGGCUGUGGGAAUUUCAGAUCUGCAGAAAGUAAUGUUUAAAGUCAUUGAAGCCAAAUCAGAAGAUUUUUUACCUAUUAUAACUGGAAGGCGUGAACAUUACAUUAUAGAGGUCCAGCUUCCAGCAAAAAUGUUUGAGUUGCUGCCACAAGAGAUUAAAGAGGGAAAGCUGCUUCGUAUGUAUCCAGUACUCUUUAAUGUUGGAAUCAAUGAACAGCAAACACUUGCAGAAAGGUUUGGAGAUACCACUUUGCAAGAAAACAUUAACCAGGAAAACUUAGAACUUCUAAAAGAAUAUUACAAGCUGUUUACAGAAAAAAUGCCUCCUGAUUGUCUACCACAUUUUCAAGAACAAAAUGAUUUAAAGGGAUUGCUAGAAAAUCUCCAUCAAAAUAUCCAGGCCAAAAAGAGAAAGAAUGUAGAAAUCAUGUGGCUGGCUGCAACGAUUUGCCGUAAGCUGAACGGAGUCCGUUUCACCUGCUGCAAAAGUGCCAAAGACCGGACAUCCAUGUCAGUGACGCUGGAGCAGUGCUCCAUCCUGAGGGACGAGCAUCAGCUUCACAAAGACUUCUUCAUUCGGGCACUGGAUUGUAUGAGAAGAGAAGGAUGCCGCAUAGAGAAUGUACUGAAGAAUGUCAAAUGCAGAAAGUAUGCAUUCAACAUGAUACAGCUGAUGGCUUUCCCAAAGUACUACAGACCUCCAGAAGGGACAUAUGGAAAAGCUGACACCUAAGUUUAACAAAAGUAAAGUAAUCAGGAACAUACAUCAUGCUAAUUAGUGAAUAUAAAAAAUUGCUGUUUAUGACUUAUUAAUUGGGAAUGUGUAACUAAAUGAGGUGUUAUUUUUAUCAGGUUUUAUCAUUUUAUAUUGAAACCACUCCAGUUAGUCAUUAUGAAGUGAAAUAGCACGAAAAAGCAACAGACUGAAUAUUCUCGGGCCCAAAUACAUCUGGCUUCUCUUUGUGAAGCUGAAGCUGAGUAUGACUCAAAAGCCAGCUGUUUUGGGUCAUUUAGUCAAAGACUAAAAGGAGAAAUGUCUUUUACUGUAGGAAGUUGCAAUCUGGAAGGUGACAUAGUGACCCUGAACCAAAACCUGUGAUUUGAUCUAAGGAGUCUCUUGCUGCUGGAAAUCAUGUUUUCUGCAACCCAGCAUAGCACCAAGGUCUUGUGAUUAUUAAAUAUUUUGAAGAAGUGUUUAUGAAAGAUGCUAAUGUUAAUACCUGGGCUCAAUAUAAUUUUGGUAAUUACAUUUAGCUGCUUUAUAUAAGCACAGUAACUUCAUAAUAUGCUUUUAACUAAUUGCAGCCUGUGAUUACCGUUUCCUUGCUAUUCAUUUGGAUGCAUCAUUCUUGGCUUUCUGUACCACAGCCAAAUAGCACUUGCUUCACUUUCACAGAAAUCACAUUGAAAUAAGGGGAUUCAUUCUACAAGUAAGGGGGUUUGAAUCUGACCUGUCAUGUUCCCAUUUACUGUAAAUCCCUAAAGCUAAAUUUUCUACAGUUGUAGGGAAAAGGAGUUGUAUAUACAGGAGUUACUGUAUCUAUAGGCUAUAAAAACGUGCCUGUUUUUACAGAGCCUAAGAUAAAUGUUAUAAUCAUGAGUAACCUGCUGUAUUAGAACUAGUUAGUCACUGCAGGUGAUUUAUAUCAAAUGUGUAAUGCUCCAUAUAGACACUCUAGGAUGAAGAACUACCAACUUCAAAAAUGAAUGUUAAUGCUCCUGCCAACUUACGUUAGUCCUCAAAUUUGUCUUGCAAAGAGCAUUUGUGUUUCCUAAUUGUACCUAUUUAUUGCUGCCUCAUGCCUCCCAGAGAGAAACACAAUUAAAAAAACACCCAAGUAUUCACUGGUUACUGACCUUUAUGUAAUGCAUUCAUUUUGAGAACAAAAAAUGCCUAUCUAGAGCAGAAGUGUGAGAAUUUUAUCCUAAUGAAACUGCACUGGGAAUUUGAGCAUCUGUACAAAAUUGUAAUUGCCAUGGAUAAAGAAUUACUGUUUGCUUGCUCCUAUGGAAGUCAAAAAAAGUCUUGAUGCACCACGUGUUACAAUUUGUUCUUUUUAAUCCAUUCCUGCCUAUUACUGGCUAUAAAAUAUGUAACUAUGCUAGCAAAAAUACAUAUUUAAGAGCCUGAUUCUGCAAAUUUGAAUUGGGUGAUUGCAUGGAAAUGUUCUGUCCAUGUGAAUAAAAUUAAACCCAUCUUGUAUAUUUGCAAGAUUUGGAUCUUGGAGGAGAACAUCAGAAAGGGAUCCUUACUCCAAUAUUCAUUGACUUCAGUGAAGCCAAGAAUUCGUCUUUAUGAUAUAGUUCUCUAAGUGUUUGCAACAUGAUUGUUUUUUCUCCAAAGUAGGCCAUUUAAAUGGUGUUUUGGUGCAUUUGUUGCUUAUUUCUGUUAUAUAACGUGCUUUCAUGAAUGACUUUUUUGUUCUUCUGGAAUGUAUUGCUUCCACGAUAGAUGUCAGAACAGCUGACAUUACAUCAUAGAUAAGCUCAGGCAAAUGAGCAUAUAAGGACUUGAUUUUUGUUGUCUUUUUUCUGUUGUAGCAGUGGGUAGUUCUUUUUGAGUGUUGUGUUAGCUAAUCUGUACAAGAGUUGUGUGGGUUUAUGGAACAUUAC